CUUUAAGAACAUGCCUGGCUACACACUCCAUAGGUGCUUUAUAAAUAUUUGUUGAGUUCUAUUGUGACGGUGGUGGUAGUGAUCUAUAGGUUAAUGAAAACAACAACAACAAAACAGCUUCACUUCCCAAUAACAACAACAAAAAGAAUUAUUUCAUUGUGAGGCUCCGUACCACAAAACUCAUCAGGCACCAUGUCCGAGCCAUCCCGGGAUGCCCGCCCGAUCCCCCGUGGCAGCAAAGUCUGCCGUCGCCUCUUCGGUCCAGUGGACAGUGAGCAGCUGCGUCGAGACUGUGAUGCGCUAAUGGCCAGCUGUGUGCAGGAGGCCUGUGAGCGAUGGAACUUCGACUUUGUCACUGAGACGCCACUGGAGGGUGACUUUGCCUGGGAGCGUGUGUGGGGCCUGGGUCUGCCCAGGGUCUACCUGCCCUCAGGGCCUCGCGGGACCCAGGACAACUUGGGAGGAGGCAAGCGGCCCAGCAGCUCACCUGCCCUGCUGCAGGGGACAGCUCAGGAGGACCACGUGGACCUGUCGCUGUCCUGCACCCUUGUGCCUCGCUCCCCUGAGAGGCCUGAGGGAUCCCCCGGUGGGCCUAGCACCUCUCAGGGCCGAAAACGGCGGCAGACCAGCAUGACAGAUUUCUACCACUCCAAACGCCGGCUGAUCUUCUCCAAGAGGAAGCCCUAACUCGCCUGCUGGAAGCCUCUCGCUCCUGGAAACAUGGGAAACGCAGGCCCAUUCUACAUCUUUUGCCUUAGUUCUUCAGUUUGUGUGUCUUAAUUAUUAUGUCUGUUUUAAUUUAAACUCCUCCUCAUGUACAUAGUCUGCUUGACACCACCCUCCCACCCCCGCCAGCAGCUGGCAUUAGAAUUAUUUAAAGAAAACAUUAGACAGCAUAAUGAUAGGCUCACUAGAUUGCCAGGUAUUUUUAUUAUGCAAACAUUUAUUUAAAACCUCCUCAUUCUACGCUCUCUAUUUCUUUCCUCCCUGAGGUCAGGUGGGGCCGGCAUGACCCUCACUUGUUGGGUGGUGCUCUCUGGAGGGGCCUGGUUCCCUCUGUUCACUGUCUCAUGGACAAUAUGAAAUUCUGCUCCUUUCCUUCAUUCUCAGACCCGAAUUUCUUAUAAUUUGAGAAGAGAUAGCACUUUGAAGAGAACCCAGCAGAGUGAGGACAUAAUCCAAACUUUGGAGUCCCCUCGCUUCCUCUAAAGUUGGGCACGGUGACCUUGAAGUGGGCACAGCCUGGAACAGGGUGGGUGACUGGCAUCCUCCUGGCCCUUGAUCCAUGACUCUGUCCUGUGACAGCGUGGGGCAGGUAGGGUCCUGCAGCCAAGUGUCCACCUCCCUUCAUGCCCCUCUGCUACCCACAGGGGUGGUCCCACCCUGUUGGCUUCCAUGGGACUUUUCCAGAAGCCUCAAGCGCCCCUCUUUUCCAGCUGGGCUCUCAAGUCCCCUCUGCUCCUCUCCCCUCUUCCAUGUCCUUUCCCUCUAGUCCCCUCUCAGCUCUGGGCGGCUGCUCUGGGGUGCUUGCCCCUCCCCAACUCAGUGGACUGGGAGGGAGGGGCAAGCUAGAAGUAGGUUCCCCGUUCUACCUCAGGCAGUUGGAGCAGCGAGCACCCCCUCCUCUCAGCUCUGGGGAUAGGGGUCCUGGGUGGUCGGGCAGGCCUCCUUGAGUGGGGGUCUCUCUGUGAUAGGGGUAGAUAGGUAGGCGGAGAAGAUUUUUCUGGGAGGGAGAGUAUGACACCAGCCCCUGGAACUCAUCUAAGGACCUUCCCCAUCUGCUCCACCCUUCCCCCAUUCCAUUGCACUUUGAAUAGCAGCUGAACAAGGAGUCAGGUGUUUUAGAUUGUGGGAGUAGGGGCUGUGGACUGGGCUUGCCAAGUGGGCUAACACAGACCUGGGAGUUGUGAGUUAUCUUUCCUGGCGCUGAACAUCGAGCCUCUAAAGGUACUGAAGCACUUAGUGGGUCUUCCCCAAACGCCUUCCAGCUCCUGUAAUAUCCUGGCCCAAACUGUUUUCUCUGGCUCCCCACGUGUCCUGGUUCUCCUGUCUUUACUGAGACUGUACGCCUCUCAAGGGCAGGGGCCACCUCCUGUAUUGUUCUGUGUUCUUCACAGCCCAUCUCCUCCCUCUCCACCCCAUCCCCCCGCCCAGUGCUGGGGAUGCAACAGGUGCUCAAUAAAUUAAUAAAUAUUUCUU